GGAACAGGCGGGCCUAAGAAGAGUACAAAUAGGUCACUGUACUUUGUCAAGAAACGUUAGCAGUUAGAGCGUUAAAGUUAUUGUACAUUUCAGCAAAUGUAACAUGAGGGAAAUUGUUCACUUACAGACCGGACAAUGCGGUAACCAGAUUGGGGCAAAGUUUUGGGAGGUCAUUAGUGACGAGCAUGGCAUUGAUCCAACAGGAACUUACCAUGGUGACAGUGAUCUGCAGCUUGACAGGAUCAAUGUGUACUACAAUGAAGCCACUGGUGGGAAAUAUGUACCCCGUGCUGUGCUGGUUGACCUAGAGCCAGGUACAAUGGACUCGGUGCGGUCUGGACCUUUUGGCCAGGUUUUCAGACCAGACAACUUUGUUUUUGGUCAGAGUGGAGCUGGCAACAAUUGGGCCAAAGGACACUACACUGAAGGUGCAGAACUAGUAGACUCUGUCCUUGAUGUGGUUAGGAAGGAGGCUGAGAGCUGUGACUGUCUACAAGGUUUCCAGCUCACACACUCGCUAGGUGGUGGUACAGGUUCCGGUAUGGGAACUUUGCUUAUCAGCAAAAUUCGAGAGGAGUAUCCUGACCGUAUUAUGAACACCUUCAGUGUGGUGCCUUCACCCAAGGUGUCAGAUACAGUUGUUGAGCCCUACAAUGCCACACUGUCAGUCCACCAGCUUGUAGAGAAUACAGAUGAGACGUACUGCAUUGACAACGAAGCCUUGUAUGACAUUUGCUUUCGUACCCUCAAGCUCACAACCCCAUCAUAUGGUGACCUUAACCAUUUGGUCUCUGCCACCAUGAGUGGUGUAACCACCUGUCUUAGGUUUCCUGGUCAACUCAAUGCUGACCUACGCAAGUUGGCUGUGAACAUGGUGCCAUUCCCUCGCCUGCAUUUCUUUAUGCCUGGGUUUGCUCCUCUCACAAGCAGGGGCAGCCAGCAGUAUAGGGCUCUCUCUGUUCCAGAACUGACACAGCAGAUGUUUGACUCAAAGAAUAUGAUGGCUGCAUGUGAUCCACGUCAUGGCCGUUACCUCACGGUGGCUGCAAUCUUCCGUGGCCGGAUGUCUAUGAAGGAAGUCGAUGAGCAGAUGCUCAACGUUCAAAACAAAAAUAGUAGCUACUUUGUUGAGUGGAUCCCCAACAAUGUCAAGACUGCAGUCUGUGACAUUCCUCCACGUGGUCUCAAGAUGGCUGCCACAUUUAUUGGCAACAGCACAGCCAUACAGGAGCUGUUCAAACGCAUUUCUGAGCAGUUUACAGCUAUGUUCAGACGCAAGGCUUUCCUUCAUUGGUACACUGGUGAGGGUAUGGAUGAAAUGGAGUUCACGGAGGCAGAGAGCAACAUGAAUGACCUGGUGUCUGAAUACCAACAAUACCAGGAUGCCACUGCAGAAGCGGAGGGUGAUUUUGAGGAGGAGGAGGCUGAAGAAGACGCCUAAAACAGUCUUUCCGGAAACUUUUUUUUUUUCUUCCAGAAACCUGUCAAGCAAAGUGUUAAAGAUUACCCAACUGAGAAAGAUCUAACAUUGUAUUGUACUUUUCAGUGUUUUAUGUUGAUUUUUGGUUCUGUAAUUAAACAUUAUCAAGUGGCA